AUGACAUCGCCUUUCAAGACCAUAGCUCUCUUUGGAGCUAAUGGUCAAAUGGGGAAACCUGUCUUUGAAGCCCUGGUCAAUUCCAAGGAGUUCAAAGUUGUUGCAUUUGUCCCCCCAAAUUCGGAUUUUGAUCUACUUGACUAUGGGGAAGUAAAUUCAAUAGUUAAGAGAGUAGAUCUUAUGAAUAUUGCUACGGAUGACCUUGCAGCAUUGUUGGCAGAUGAGAAGGUUGAUGUGGUUUUCAGUGCUUUAGGAGGCGAAAUUCUUGCAAAGCAGAGUGUUGUUCAAGAUGCCGCCGCAAAAGCUGGAGCCAGACGAUUCUAUCCCAGCGAGUUUGGAAUGCAUCAUGUGGUUUGGCUGCCUGACGGAGAUGUAUAUCUUAAUCCUACCUGGGCGUCAAAAAUGAGGCAGCUCGAGGAUGUCCUUCAACAUCCAUCUAUCCACGACGGGCGGAUGACAUAUACUGUGGUCGCAUGCGCAGAAGUCUAUGAUGCACCUCGUGAGCUGCUGCUCUGCCCGUGGAUUGAGACAGAUGAGUCUCGCUUAAAGAACGGAUAUGUUAUGCAUUGUGUUGGGAACCCGGAUGCAAAAAUGGACUAUUCGUCCCGGGUAGACGUCGCGAAUUUUAUUGUUGAAACGCUUCGUUACCCAGACAGAUCAGAAAACCAAUUGUUCGGAUUUCGAAGUGAUCUGAUCUCCUUUCGGGAGGUUGCACACCUUUUGCAUCGGUAUUCGGGUAAACAGGUUAAAUUGAAUGUCAUUUCUGUUGAUGAAAUGAAGAGAAUAAUUGAAGACCCCUCAUCGGCACCCGAAGAAUUACAGGGAGGCAGCACUUUCCCCAUAGACUUUUUGCUGGCGCUGAGAUAUAUUCAAGGUCAGGGCCUUUUCCGGAGGCCUCCAGGGCUGCUGCAUAACGAUCUUUUCCCAGCAGUCAAGACUCUCUCGGUCGAGAACUAUUUCAAACAGCUCUUUGCGUGA